CACAUGGCUAGCCAUAAGGGAAAUUUAGGUUAUGAAGAAAUCCAAAGCUGCACCUUGAACUUGAUCCUAAGUGCCUUGGAAAGUAGCAGUCCAUUUCUAAGAUGUUCUGCUGCUGAAGCCCUAGCCAGACUUGCACAGGUGGUAGCUGAUAAUACUUUCACUGCUGGAUUGGCACAAAUUAGCUUUGACAAGCUAAAAUCUGCGAGAGAUGUGAUAUCAAGAACAGGACAUUCUUUGGCUCUAGGCUCUCUUUAUAAGUACACAGGAGGAAUUAGUUCCGCUUAUCAUCUUACUGCAUGUGUUGGAAUACUUUCUACCUUAUCUCAGGAUAACACUUCACCUGAAGUACAGACGUGGGCACUGCAUUCUCUGUCACUGAUCAUUGAUUCUGCUGGUCCUUUAUAUCAUGUGCAUGUGGAACCUACCCUCUCUCUUGUUCUUAUGUUGUUGUUGACUGUGCCUCCUGCUUAUACUGAAGUCCAUCAAAGCCUUGGUCGCUGUUUAAAUGCACUUAUAGCCACUUUGGGUCCUGAGUUGCAAGGCAGCAGUGCUGCAGUCUCAGCCUUAAGGGCAUCCUGUCUCCUUGGCUGCACAGUGAUGCAGGGUAAUCCUGACUGCCUCGUCCAGGCUCAAGCUAUCUCUUGCCUUCAGCAGCUUCACAUGUUUGCUCCUCAUCAUGUAAACCUGUCUAGUCUUGUCAAGUGCCUUUGUGAGAUCUUGUUGGAAAAUUCUGUGUUGGUGAAUCUCUCUAGUUCGUAUCUAUUAUUGAGACGUGCUGUUCUAGCUUGUUUGCAUCAGCUUGUGCAGAGAGAGGCAGUUGAAGUAUCUGAACAUGCAGUGGCCCUUGCUAAAGAUGGUGGAGAAGACUUUACUCCAGGUGUUAAUAUAGGUGAAAUAGGCCUUGAAGGAGCUUUGCUGAGCUUGUUGGACAAAGAAUUGGACCCAAAACUGUGCCAAGAUAUCAGAGAAACCCUGACCCAUAUGCUUAUGUCAAUGGCUGUUGGAAAACUCUCUUUUUGGCUGAAACUCUGCAAAGAUGUUCUGGCUGCUUCUGCUGAUUUUACAACUGUUGCUUCAGUGGAUACAAGCCAAGAAGAAGAGGGUACUCAAGUAGAUGAUGAAUUGGCAUUAACUUUGGCAAAGAAGGAUAAAUCGCACCCAUUCCCACAUCCCCGGUGGUCUACUAGAGUUUUUGCUGCAGAAUGUGUUUGUAAAAUUAUCACCCAGUGUGAGAGUGCAGGCAGUGCUCAUUUUGACAUAGCUCUAGCACAGGAAAUGAAACAAAGGGACUCAAGAGGUUGGUGCUGCUCUUAGACCAGCCUUUACCUCAGAAACACCACCUGAUGUAACAGCAAAAGCAUGUCAGGUUUGCAGUGCUUGGAUAGCAAGUGGUGUAGUAAAUGAUCUUAAUGACCUUCAAAGAGUUCAUCAUUUGCUUGUGACGUCCUUGACAAAAGUACAGGCUGGAAAAGAAGCACAAAAUCAACUAUACAAUGAAGGGACAUCUACUAUGGAAAUACUCACUGUACUAAAAGCUUGGGCAGAGGUUUAUAUAGUUGCCUUACAAACACAGAAGAAACAAAAUGGCAUCAAUAGUCCACCUUUGGUUAAAAACAUUUCAGAGGAAAGUUUCCGGGAUCCAUCCUCUUCAGUGGAUGAACUUCUGGAUUUAGUCCAAGUGGAUCUAGGGAAUCUGAGCAAACUCUGGCUUGCUGCACUUCAGGACUUUGCUCUCUUAACUUUGCCAUCAGAAUUUGCUUCUCAACUUCCCUCUGAAGGUGGUGCUUUCUAUACUGCAGAAACAAUUGAAAAUGCAAGACCGCAUUAUCAAAAUGCUUGGGCUCAGAUUCUUCAUGCUACUGCAUUAUGGCUUACUAGCACUGGCUUUCUGGUUGGUGAUUCAGAUGAAGGUCUAACUAAUCUUUCACGACCUGUGACUCCAACUAGUAUGUGUCAAGAUUCAACCUCUAGGGGUGCAGUAAAAUCACCUGAAGAUGUGAAUAAUGAUAGAUUUCAUCUUGUUCUGGGGAUUAGUGUGGAAUUUCUCUGUUCUCCCCGGUCAGAUGAAGCGAUGGAGAACAUUACUGCUUGUCUAGAUGCCUUGCGGGUCCUGCUUGAGGUUCCCUGGCCAAGAUCGAAGGUUGGAAGUGAUAAGGAACUGAGUGUGGAAUUGUUGAAUGUUUUACAUCGACUUAUACUGACCAGAGAAUCCCCAGACAUUCAACUAGCUGCUCUAGAAGUUGUCCAGCAGGUUCUUUUUGCAGCACAGGAGCAUGUCAAGGAAAAACGGAGAAGUGCAGAAGUUGAUGAUGGGGCUGAAGAAAAGGAGACAUUGCCAGAGUUUGGAGAAGGCAAAGAUACUGGAGGACUUAUACCUGGGAAGUCUUUAGUCUUUGCAACACUAGAAAUGUGUAUGUGUGUUCUUGUAAGGCAGCUACCUCAGCUAAACCUGAAGAUAACAGGUAGCCCUGGAAUUACAGCUGGAAAACCUCAGUUGUUAUCAGCGGAUGGGAACAGACUGGUGGCAGCAGCCCUGGGAAUCCUCUCUGGUGUUCCUGCAGUCUGUUCACCAGAAGGAAGCAUUGCUGUUCUUCCCACAAUCUUAUAUCUGAUUAUUGGAGUCCUCAGAGAAACGGCUGUGAAGUUACCCAGUGGCCACUUACCCAUGACUGUUGCUGCAUCACUGCAAGCUCUUAAAGGUGUCCUAUCAUCACCCAUGGCUCGGGCAGAGAAGAGCCAAAUGGCUUGGAAUGAAUUGCUCCGUAGUGCUCUGCUCACCAUUCUUAAUUUUUGGGAUCAAGGUGAUGCUGGUCAAGAAUUGGAUGAAAGUAGUCUGCUGACUGCGAUCACUGUAUUUAUCUUGUCUGCAAGUCCAGAAGUUAGCACCAUGGAAUGUUUUCAGAGACAGUGCAUUGAGAAAUUUAAAUCAGCUAUGGAAUCUAAAGAUCCCAUUGUACAACUUAAAUGCUACCAGCUGCUCCUUUCCAUUUUCCAGUGUCCCAAUCAAACUGUUUCAUAUCCUUAUAUUCAUUCAUUAAUAUAUUCAAUAGUGGCCAAGCUACAAGAAACAGAAAAAAUUAAACCAGAGAAUUCUGCCGAACUUCAAGUCGUUCAAGAAGGGAUAAAGGUAGUGGCUGCUGUUAUAGCCCUUGCUGAAGAAGAGCAUCGAAGUCAGCUAGUGGCUUGUUUUAUUCCCAUCCUCAUCUCUUUUCUUUUGGAUGAAAACGCCCUAGGAUCAGUUUCAAGUUCAGCAAAGCAUCUUCAUGAGUUUGCUUUGCAUUAUCUGAUGCAGAUUGGUCCACAGUAUACGUCAGCCUUUAAAAAAUCAAUGGCUUCUUCCCCAUCAAUGAAAGCAAGACUUGAGUCAGCAGUGAAAGGCAAUCAAGAAAGCAUCAAGGAUAAGUCAACAUCUAAGCAUUCAAAGAAUCCUGGGAAGAGCUCAAGUAUUCAACUAAAGACUAACUUUCUGUGAAAAGGACUUCUAAAUCUUAAUGAUUUUUUCCUAGGUAUUAUCAUGGAGAUUUUUGUUUUCAGUUCUAUUAUGCAUUAUUUAAUUUUAUAUAAUGUUCCGGUUCCAGAGAAGUGCAUGCAUGCACCCAUCUAUCUAUCUCUCAGCUGAUUGACUCAGUAUCUGCUACACCGUUUACUGCUAAAGCUACUGAACUAAAGCUAUAGUACUAGUUACCAUAUCUGUUUGCAAAUGCAAUUCCCAAUAAGAAGAUGGUCAUUCAGUUGUUAAAAUGUAUAUUACAAGACUUUUUUUUAAAGUUGCAAUUUUCUUAAUUUUAUUUGGAACAUACUACAACACUUCGGAAUAAAAGAUAAUGAAGACUUAAGUAAAUGUGUUAACAUCUUGAUACACUUAUAUUAAUAAAGCUACAUUUAUUUUGGUCUUGAA